UUGUCACGGUCAACAAGUGUCCUGCCCCAAGAAAGCGCCGCACACACAGUGGAACAAGAGCCAGUUGCUGCGAGUGGUCCGUGAUAAAAAGUGCUUCGAAUUGGUAUUUCUUCAAAAGGAAUGUCCAUUUAAUUGCCCAGCAAUUAUCGCUUAACUUGAUAUCCCCUAUUCGGAAAGAAAGCUCCUCUUAGUCAUGGGCAUUGCCUUGAUGUUUCUGCUGGCCCUCUACCAGAUGCAAUCGGCCAUACACAGCGAGAUCAUCGAAACGCCCAGCUAUAUAGAGAACUCGCUGUUGGAAUCGGAGGAAGUUAAUCCCAAGGCAGUGGAAUCUGAUAUUUUGGAUGGCUUAGCCAGCGAUAAACUGGACCAAACUGAGCUGGAGUUUCGCUAUCCCAUCUCGGCCAUUGGCAUUGAUUAUAAUAAGAACUCCGUAGUGCUACGCUUCCAGAAACCCGCCCACAAACCCAACUUCAAGUACGAUCCGGAAUACGAUAUGAAGCGCAAGUCUAUGCAGGAUAAUUUUAUGCGUUUCGGCAAGCGGCAGCCGGAGCAACUGCCUCAGGCGACGGGACCGGGCUACUACGAAGCUGCCAAGCGUUCUGGCAUGGAUCGCUAUGGCCGUGAUCCGAAGCAGGAUUUCAUGCGCUUUGGUCGCUCUCCUUCCGAUUUUAUGCGCUUCGGUCGCUCUCCUUCCGAUUUCAUGCGCUUCGGACGUGAUCCCGGUCAGGAUUUCAUGAGAUUCGGACGCUCCGAUAACUUCAUGCGCUUCGGCAGAAAUAUGAAUUUCCAUGAGGAGCUACGCAGUCCCAAACAGGAUUUCAUGCGUUUCGGUCGGCCGGAUAAUUUCAUGCGCUUCGGACGUGCGGCGCCCAGUGAUUUCGAGCGUUUUGGCAAAAUGGAUUCGAACUUCAUGCGCUUCGGCAAGAGCGUAAAUAGAUCCGGAGCAGGAACUGGAGCCGGAACUGGAACGGAAGGUGGACUAGCUAGUUCUUCGGAGUCUAAGCAGCUAAAUAAAUUGGAUGGCAAGCAGCAGGGCACUGAGGAGACUAAUCCCGUGGAUAAGGCCAUGUCRAUGCUGUUCAAUAAGCAGCAGCAGCAAGGUCAACAGGGUCAGGGUCACGCUCAGAGGUCAACUCAUGAUCAGCAGCAAUUGAAAAGCGGCGAACAAACCGAAUCGGAGGAGCAAUUCUAUGAACCAUAAAUUCUCACACACUUAAAUCACGCUGUAAAUAUUUAAAAUUGGCCAAA